AUGAGGUUCAACUUCACCCUCAAUCGUUUGUCUUUGCUCUGUUUCAUACCUCUCUUUCUCAGACACUCAAUCGCAGUCGACAUCUUAAAAGCAGGGCAAUCCUUUCACGACACCCAAAUAAUUGUUUCAGCCGACCAAAAGUUUGAAUUGGGAUUCUUCACUCACCCCAAGUCCUCCAAUUUCAAGUAUUUAGGAAUUUGGUAUAAAAGCCUUCCCGACUAUGUUGUUUGGGUCGCAAACAGAGACAACCCAAUUCUAAACUCCUCUGCCACUCUAAAAUUUAAUACAAAUGGAAACUUAGUUCUCGUCAAUCAAACAGGUCAAGUUUUUUGGUCUUCCAAUUCAAAAUCACUUCAAGAUCCAAUUGCUAAACUCCUAGAUACAGGUAAUAUCGUGCUAAGAGAUUCAACUUCAAGAUCUGAAGAUUAUGUGUGGCAGAGUUUUGACUAUCCCUCUGAUACUCUGUUACCGGGAAUGAAACUCGGAUGGGACUCAAAAUCAGGGCUUAAUCGAAAGUUAAUAUCAAGAAAAAGUCAAAACGAUCUGUCCUCUGGAGAAUUCAGUUAUGAAGUCAACUUAGAUGGGCUUGCUGAACUUGUAGUUCGUAAAGGAAACAAGACGAUGUUUAGAGGAGGGCCAUGGUUUGGCGAUGGUUUUACCCGAGGUCGAUCCAAUGGAGGGAUUUUCAUAUAUAAUUCUUCAUUUGAGAUAUCAUUUUCAUAUAAUAUUCCAACUAAUGAUCCAUACAAAGUUGUAUUGGAUUCAAGUGGAUCUGUUAUACACUCUGUUUGGAAUCAAGAGGAAAAUGGAUGGCGCACAACAUACACGUUCGAAGGAUCUGGCUGCAACGACUACGAUUUAUGUGGGAAUUUUGGUCUUUGUAGCUCUGUUUUACUAGCAAGCUGUGGUUGUUUAGAUGGUUUCAAACAAAAAUCAGCUCAAAAUUCUUCAGAUGGGUGUGUGAGAAAGGAUGACAAAAUUUGUAGAGAAGGAGAGGGAUUUAGAAAGAUAAGUGAUGUGAAAUGGCCUGAUUCCACAUGGAACUUAGUGAAAUUGAAAGUGGGUAUUAAAAACUGUGAGACAGAGUGUUUGAAUGAUUGUUCUUGCUUGGCCUACGGCAUACUUUCACUUCCUAAUAUUGGGGUUGCUUGUGUCACAUGGUUUGACAAGUUGCUUGAUAUUAGAUAUAAUUAG